GCCGCCGCCGACGCCGACGCCGACGCCGCCGCGGGGACCGGGGCCAGCGCGGGCGCCGGCGCGCCCUCCGAGCUGCUGCGCCUGCCGUGGCCCUGCGUGCGCAGGCUGCGCCACGGCGCGCGCGCCUUCCGUGUGGCGGCCUGCCUGCAGGGGUCCAGCGCCGCCCCCGCGGCUCGCCUGCGCAAGCUCAAGUUCUACCUUCCGCACAAGAAAAGUAUGUUUUUAUUUCACUUGGCUUCCAUUCAUCAUCAGAUGUAUCUGAAAUUACAAAAUCAUCUAACUACAAUUCUACCAUCACUUGAAUUGGAAGUAAUGAAUUACACACAGGAAACUAUUGAAAAUAGAAGUAACGAUAAUAAAAGAAUGCAUUUAUAUGAGGAAGAUUCCUGCAAAGAAAACAAUAUGUUUCAUAAAAUUGCUUCAUCAUCAGAAAUAACUCCUGAAAACUACAGGGUUGACCAUGAAACAGAAGGCCUUGCAUCUCCUAUUAUACAAGAAGCUUUUGUACUAAGGUCGAGUGCAAUAUCAGCUAACGAGAAAUUCAAUGUGUUGCAAGAAACCUUGACUGAAUCACUAAUUGAAAAAUUUGAGGAAAUAUCAUUUGUUGAUGAACGCUUAUUAUCUACUGUAAGAAUAGAACGAGAUGUUGGAGGCAGUCUUGGACUUCAAGUUGAGUGUGGAAAUGAUGGGGGUGUUUAUGUGCGAUGCUGUUUGCAACAUGGCAACAACAUUCAAAAAGGAGAUCGCAUAAUAGCAGUGGAUGGCCAGAGUUUAAUGCAUUUGAAAUUUACUGAAGCUCUUAAUUUUUUGAAAUCUGCUGGACAUACUGUGGAACUCAUUUUGUCACGUCAAAGUAUCCCUAACAGUCAAAACCCUUCUGCUUUGAAAUUAUCUUCACCUCUUCCCAGUUUUAAACAGAGACAGCCAGCAUCCCCUCUCAAGGAACUCCAAACCCAUUCUCCAUUGAAAGAAUGAACCAUUUGGAUAGUGAGAAGAAAUACUUUCUAGAACUUCAAAUACUUGGACUAGUGUUCUAAACCAAUUUUCUUUAAAAAUGUGAUAAAAAAAGUAAAUCUUCAUUAUGAUUAUUGAAAUCUUCUUUAUUGAUUUUUGCACUCUGUUGUCUGAAUAUUUACAAAUAAUAUCUUGACUGAAAUUGCUUAGUAGAAAAAGUUGACAAUAGUGAUCAGGAGGAAAUGCUUUCCUAUUUGGCUUCAUUUCCAACUUCCAACUAGUGGCUGAUGAAGUCAAGUAUGCCUCUGACAGUAACUAAUUUUUUCAAACAAAUCAUGUUAAGAUGUUCCUAUUAACCUAACAAAUAAUGUUUAUGAGAUUUAUUUUAUUGUGUACAAAUUGUCACAAAAAAUAAUACUGGUUGGUUACUGUAUUUCACAUGUACAAGGGCUGUGAGUUCCAAGUAUUCCGAAUGACAAGUUUGUAAAAGCAUUUCCAUGGUCUUUACCUUGUAUACUUAGAGAAAUAUUUCCCUAAUAUUUGUUAUUGUUAUGACACUUGAUUCAUGCAAAAAUGCAUAAUCAGUAUUGAACAUAACAAAAACAGAUUCAGUGCCACAUUCUAGUAAGUACAUGGAUUACCAGUAGUGUCUAUUAAAUACUUUCUUGAGUACUUAUCUGAUGGACUUUAUUAAGGUCACUAGGUGCCUCAGAGAGUAGGGUUACAUUUUCUGCACACCAUUAUGGAACGCAUGCGUUACAUAAGAAUGAAGUGACAAGAUAUAGCUUAUACCAUCAUACAACUUUGUAUGAAUAAUAAUGAUGAUGAUAAUAAUGGUGUAUUAAAAAGAGAAUAUGUAUUUACAUUAAUAUCAAAAGCUUUAUAUUGACAUGUAUAUCAAAUGGAAAAUCUGCGAGGAUGUUCAUUGGUGUAGGCUGUGAGAAUCUACUUCAUUUUUCCUUUGAAUGGAAUUAAAUUGGUAUGAAGCAUUCGAGUAUAAACUGCAAUAAUUGUGUGGUAUAUGCAAAACUUAAUGGAAUUAAAUAACUAAAUAACAAAAAAAAUUAAAUAUUAUUUUAUGCUGGCUUUUAAAUGCAAUUCUCAAAAUUUUAUCAUAAUAUCUUGUUUCACACCCCAAUGAACAAUGUUUUGCUUUAAACAGUAUUCUCCUUGUAUUUUUUCUCUUUUAAUUAUGAAUUAUUAUAUUGAAGUAACAUAUCUCAAGUUAAAAUACAACUGCUGGAUUUAAGUGUAAUGUUGUGCGGGACCAACCAUUGAAACAGUUACUUAAAAGAUCGAAUAAAGAUUAGAAGAGAAGCAGUGUCGUGAUGUUGCUGUUCGUUUGUACUCAAUGUUGCUGCACACAUUCUAAAAUAUAAUUACAAUAUUAAAAUGGUGUGUAGGAGUGCCUUCCUUUGCUGUAGGAUUUCAGGAUUGUAUUGUAUAAUCCAUAUUCAAGAGAGCAAAAGUCUGGAACCUAUCUGUUGUCAUUUCCAUUUAUCACAGUACUCAACACUGACAUUGUCAUUACGUUUGCUAAUUUAUUAUAUUCUUAAUUCAUUUAAACUGUUGCAGCAAAGUAACGAAAAAUCCAUACUCUGCUCUAAAAUUAAUAAUUAUAAUUAUAAUACAAUAUGUGAGAAGAGAGUACAUAUUCGGAGGUAAACAAAAAAAAUACAGAAAAUAAUUUGCACUAUUACUUAUUUAUUAUACUUAUUAGGUAAUACAUAGAGUCAGUCAUUUCAGCUGACGAUAUUCAGGAUCAUUUCAGGUAGGUAGGUUUGAGUCAUUUUAGGUACAAAAAGGGUAUUCUUUCAGUUAAAGGGUUUUCUUUUAUGUAGUGGUUCCCCCACAGUCAAAGUAUUAGUUGUUUAUGUCAUAAAUUUUCACUAUAAAUUCACAAAUAAAAAUAUAUUUUAUAUUCAGUAUAAAUGAAAUAUUGAGCAUAAAUGAAAUGAGUUAGCUGAACAAAUAUGAACAGGAAAACUGAUAAAUAAAAAAUGUUAUAGUUUCUGAAAUAAACAACUAAAGAUGUAAAAUUGUGAAUUGACAGAAUUGGGGUGCAUAUUACAACAGCCCUGUAUUGUGUAUGAUCCUGUAAUCAUACCCAACCUCACCAUCAGUCUGUGAGAAUUGCAAUACACUCGCUGUUUGCAAAUGGUUAGUUGAGUCUUCAACAGUGCCUCAAGUCUUGGAAAUGGACAUAAAGUUCUGAUGAGAUAUAGGCUGCAACAAAAUUAGAAAAUUUCAAAAUGCACUUUCUUUCUUAAAUUUAUUCUUCCAAGACAAAACAGAAAAGGAAUUAUUUACUUCUAAUGUUAUGGGGACACGCUUUAGUUUUUCUUUUUCUUUCCCACCUGAAAUGACACCCUGAUUAUUGGAUGUGUAUAUAAAACAAAUGUAAAGUAACUUACUAUCACAAUAUUCCUUUCCAUUUAAUUUCUUUAUGACCAUUUUCUUUUUUCUGUUUUUGUAUUGUGCAAAGAAGUUACGAAGAACAGUUUUCAAUGUAAACUACUCAAUGAGUCUAUUGUUACAUUAUAAUGAUUGAAAAAUACUUCAGUUUUCUAAAAGAACCUUUAAUUUAUAAUUAAAAUAUUCUUUGAUAAUACUAUUAUAUUUUACACUGAUCUGUGGCAGCAUACAAAAUGUGUAAUUUUUUCUUUUAAUUGUAUUUAUGAAUUGUAAUGCAUAGAUUUACAAAUUAAAUAUUUUUAUCUAAUUAUAAACUGAAGACUUUUCCAAAAUACAUGUGUUGAUUAAGAUUAAUACAAAAAUAAGUUUCCAAUUUAAUUUUACUAUUUAUCCAUGUUUUUAAAAAAAUAUGAAAAAUUAAGAGAGAAUCAGAGACAUAAUAUAAACUUAUAUUGUGGUACCAUUCUUUUGUGAAUGACAUAUUAUCUCAUUUUACUAUAAACUAACAAGUUUUUCUCAGUAUUAUUUUUUGUAGUUUUUACUAUCUACUCCAGAAUGUCUAAAAAUCUUGUAAUUCAACAUUUCUUUUAAAAUGCACUUAUAUAAGUGCACAACUUCUUUGACUGCUGAGUUAGAAUAAUAGCAAAACUUGUGCCUGCAUGCAGUGACAGAAGAUGAAUAUGUCAGAUAAGUGCUCAUUAAAAGGUUGCACCUGAUAGGUUAGAUCGUGAAGUUAAAUGGUAUAUUCAUUAGACCCGAAAUAGAUGUUGCUUCGAUAGGCACUCAAAAAGAUAUCAUGUGGCUGUUCUAAGUUUCACACUAUACUUUAUCUAUCAAGGCAACCUUUUGAGAACAUAGUCUUAUACUUAAAAGGAAUUUUAUGUUCCCUACUAAUAACUAGUGUUAAUUGAAAGUGUCUGUAAUAGUAAUGGGUCCAAUGAAUGUGUUUAUGGAAUAAACUAAUGUACAAUAGUUGUAGAUGGAAGAAAGUGAUUGUCAGUAUUUUGUGCUUUGUAUGUAAGAAUUAUAUGAUAUAUGAAUAAAUUAUUGGGAAUUAAA